CUGCAGCGGGCCGGGCCGCGAGGGCGGGCGGGGAGGGAGAACGGCCGCGUCCCGCGCUCAGCCGGGCGGAUGGAGGAGGAAGAGGAGGAGGCGGCGGCGGGCGGCGGCGCGGGGCCGGGCUGCGGCUGCAAGGGGAUCCGCUCCUGCCUGCUCUGCGAGGGGCCCGCGCAGGCCGCUCCGCCCACACAGGGCGAGGAUAAUUUCACUUACUGUCCGGCAACGGGCUUAGCUGAAGGCAGUGAGCACUCCCCGUUUGCUGGCUGGGCAUUUCCAUUCCCAGGGGUGUUUUUGGCAGAGGAGUUUGUUAGUGAGGAUGAAGAAGUGGAGAUGGUUGAACUGAUGGACCGGGAUGAAUGGAAGCCCUCGCAAUCUGGCCGAAAGAAGCAGGAUUAUGGACCCAAAGUGAACUUCAAGAAACAGAGGUUGAAAGCUGGUGGCUUUACUGGCUUGCCAAGUUUUAGUAAAAAGAUUGUGGCACAGAUGGAGGCCUGCUCUGUGUUAGGUGGUUUCUUACCUGUUGAACAAUGCAAUCUGGACUACAGGCCAGAAAGAGGUUCUGCUAUUGACCCACAUUUUGAUGAUUGGUGGCUGUGGGGAGAGCGUCUGGUUAGCUUAAACUUGCUCUCAAAAACUGUGCUGUCCAUGUCUUGUGAUUCAGAGGACAGCAUCCAAUUAUUUCCUACUUUCAGUAAUGAAAACGGGGAAUUAAAUCCCCCUGGAUCUCUUACACAAACGUCAGCAUGCGAGAAUUCAGGCAAACAGGGAAGCAGCUGCCUUCUAUCCCCAAGGUUUGUCCCAAGUAAGGAAGUGACUGUUGCCAUUCACUUACCCAGGAGGUCUCUGGUGGUGCUGUAUGAUGAGGCACGCUACAAGUGGAAGCAUGCCAUUCACCGCAGGCAUAUCGAGCAUCGACGAGUGUGUGUCACAUUCAGAGAGCUGUCUGCAGAGUUCAGUGCUGGAGGAAGGCAUGAGGAGCUGGGUAAAGAACUGCUGGAGAUAGCUCUUUCCUUUCAAGGGACACCGGUGUGAUCAGCAAAGGGCUGCUAGAAUUGUGUCUUAAGAAAUGUGAAAAAUAAAAACCAGGAUUUGUAGAAUUUGAUUAAUUUCUGAAGCGUACAUAAGAAACUGGGUAUGUAUGGAUGUUAACAAACAGUUUUUUGUGAAGACUGUCCUGGGCAAUGGCAGCUCUUAUGUCAUCCUGCUUUACUGUUACCUGUGCCCUAGGGACACAGCUGUCUUCUCACCCAAUUCAGAUUGCUCCUUGAGAGAGAAGCUCUCCAGGGGGCAGGCAAGCAUCUCUCCACAGAUGGUACAACACUGAGAACUAAUUAAAGUAAUUAUCCUUUGC